CCAACGCUUCCCGCAGUGUGUGUGUGUGUCAGUGCAGACACACACACCCUCUCCCUUGUCAGUCUCGGUUAUCAGAUAUUUUUACCCUGCCUGGUCCGGAAUCCUGCCAGCCAAGCGGAUAAUGGCCCUACUCUCUCUCCAGUUACCCCUCAGAGUGUAAGGAGCCGAGACCACGACACACACACACACACACACACACACACACACACACACACACACACACACACACACACACACACACACACACACACACACACACACACACACACACACACUUCCCUGACAGCUCUGGUUUUGUUUCUGGGUGAUGACAUCAUGACCGGGGCGAAAUGACCGGGGGAAAUGUGGCACACACACACACACACACACACACACACACACACACACACACACACACACACACUCCUCGAUUCUCGCUCCUCUGACGCCUGAAGUCUUCAAACACCAUCGCUAGAGAUGGAGGCUGCCUCAGUCCACAGAGCUUCCUGUGUUUGUAUGAACAGUUAUCAGCCUUACUCCCACACCCCUUCCCAGCCCCGGUGCCUCUAGAGGGGCCCAUUGACCCAGGAUGCAGGGGGGCUCUGGUCAGGCCCAGCCCCAGCCACGAUGCCCAUCACCCAGGAGAACGCCCUGAGCCACAUCCAUCUACUGGAGGACUGGCUCCUGGUGGCCCAGACCAGGUACGAGGACCACUAUGGAGACCCAGACCAGCAGUCCACCACCAGCAGAGACCCAGACCAGGACUCGUACCAGGAGUCAGAACACGAGGAGGAUGCCUGCAGCACGGUUGGUGGCAGCACGGUCGGUGGCAGCGCGGUCAACAGCGGUGGCUGCAGAGGUACCAGAGGAGACAUGUCUCUAUGCCAGGCCGCUAUACAGAAGCUGAUGGAAUACAUUCAGCUCAACUUCACAGAGGAUGGAGAGAUGCAGAGCACCGCCCUCCGACCCACGACGCCGUGUGGAGGUGUGGAUGCGGAGGUGCGAGCCGUGUGCCUCACCAAGCGAGAGGGGGACGGGGCAGAGCUGGGACUCAGUUUCGGUAACAUCCCUAUAUUCGGGGAUCCGGAGGGGGAGGACAGGAAGAAGGGAGGAGGGAGAAGGAGGAGGAGGAGGAAGGGGGAUCAGGGACCUGUGUUGGACGUGGGGUGUAUCUGGGUAACGGAGGUGAGGAAGAGAAGUCCCGCGGCGAGGUGCGGUAGAAUUAAACUACGAGACGAGCUGCUGUCACUCAACGGUCAGCUGAUGGUGGGCGUCGACGUCACAGGAGCCAGUUACCUGGCUGACCAGUGCUGGAAUGGCGGCUGCAUCUACCUGAUCAUGCUCCGGAGGAUCAAGCGUAAAGCCCCUCUCCCUCCGUGCAAUGGAAACGGCAACGCCACCAUCACUGGCGGCAGCGGUGGCAUCCAAGAUGGCCGAAACUCCCUGCACCAUAGGAGCAGCGUGUCCUCCGAGCCUCCUGACAGCCUUCCGACGCAGACCGGUAGCAGCAAACGGACGCGAAAGUUUGGCAUCGUUGCCCGGUCGACGUUCAAUCGUGAUAGUAACGAUGGCGGUGGGGAAACGCUGGAGAACGGUUACCGGGGCCACGCAGACUCUGCGAUCUCCAUGGACACGAGGGUCACGCCCCCAGAGCCUAGUAGCUGCACAACUUCCAUGGACACGCCCCCAGAGGAGGAGCCAAGAGAACCGAGGACUGUUCUGCCCCCUCUAGCGAUCCCACAACAUCUGCAGAACGGGGGAGGAACCGCCACCCUGCCGAAUCGCUUCCACAGAGGACUGUCAGAACACAAGACAGAAUCUCUCAGCAGUGAUGCCUCCUGUCAGCCCAGGGAGGGGAGUCGUAUCUGGAAGAUGCACAUGGUGAAAGGUCAGGAGGGGCUGGGCAUCCAAAUUACGGGAGGACGAGGGUCCAAGCGCUCCCCGCACGGCAUCGUCAUAGCACACAUAGAGGAGGGAGGCGCCACACAGAGGGACGGACGUCUGAAGGCUGGUGACGAGCUCCUGAUGAUCAACGGUCAGUCUCUGGUUGGCCUGUCUCACUCAGAGGCUGUAGACAUCCUACGCUCUACCGCUGGACUGGUACAACUGGUCGUCGCUAGCAGGGAGGAGUCUGAAGUUGAUUUCCAUCGGUAUCCGUCCACCAGCCUGCCGGACCUGGUCAGUACCUGCGCCUCGUCUUCUUCCUCCUCUGCUUCUCCCAGCGACAAUCAGGAGAACAUGGAACCUCAUCCCAGGCACGGAGUUUGGGAGGACCUCGCAGCCAGCAGCCUCAGCCUCUCUCGGUCUCGACCUACCACACUGACUGAUCUGGAGAAGCUAGAGGACCGAGGCCGGGUGGAAGGACAGAAAGAAACCUGCCGCUCUCCCACAUCCAUGAAGUUCAGGACCAGAUCACAAGGGGGCGGUAGUCGUCUGGAGUCUGUUGGAGAGGAUGACGAGCUGAUUGUGGAGAAUGGAGAGGCGGGGAGUGACAUGGUGGAGAAACCGACACGAGGUGGACGCAAACACUCCCUGCCUCAGCAGUUAGACACUGUAGGCAUCCGACAGGAGUACCAGAUAGUUAAGAAAUCAGCUCGCUCCCUGAGCACCUUUCAAGUGGAGUCUCCAUGGCGACUGGCCCAGCCGUCUAUUAUAUCCAACAUAGUCCUCAUGAAAGGACAGGGAAAGGGACUGGGGUUCAGCAUCGUUGGAGGUCAGGACUCCGCCCGAGGAAGGAUGGGGAUCUUUGUCAAGACCAUCUUCCCCAACGGAGCAGCGGUCGCAGACGGACGACUGAAAGAGGGAGAUGAGAUUCUGGAGGUGAAUGGAGACUCUCUCCAGGGCCUGACCCACCAGCAGGCCAUCCAGACCUUCAAGCAGCUGAAAAAGGGUGUGGUGACUCUAACAGUACGGACACGUCUCCGAAGCCCCAGCCUGACGCCGUGCCCCACCCCCACCCUUCUCAGCCGCUCCUCCUCCCCGAACUCCAACGCCAGCGGGGGCAACCCCACCCCAGUACCCACCACCUUCGACGAACCCCCCGAAACCCGCAAGGGACCCCCAGGUCCUGGCCCCAAAGACCGAAUCAUCAUGGAGGUUACACUCAACAAAGAGCCAGGAGUGGGUCUGGGUAUAGGGACCUGCUGUCUAACUCUAGAGAACAGUGUUCCAGCCAUCUACAUCCACAGUCUGGCCCCCGGCUCUGUCGCCAAGAUGGAUGGACGACUCAGUCGAGGGGACCAGGUCUUGGAGGUGGACUCUGUGAGUCUACGCCAUGUGGCCCUGAGUGAGGCCUAUGCUAUUCUCAGUGAGUGUGGACCAGGACCAGUCAGCCUCAUCAUCAGCAGACACCCCAACCCCAAGGUUUCAGAGCAGGAGAUGGAUGAUGUAAUCACUAGGUCUUCACACAGAGACAGUCUGAGUAAGGACGGACACGCCUCUCAAACUCUAGGCAUGCCCUCGAAGAGCCCCUCCCUCACAGUGAAGGCCAAACAGGCAGAUGGCUCUUCCCUCAGCUGGACCAUGAAGAGGUUCCUGGAGCCCGCCAGCAGGCAAGGGUCUCUGAGUUCGGAGGCGGAGCUAUCUCAGUACUUUUCCCAGGAAGUAACCAGUCAUUCGUCGCUGUCGGAAACCACUGCGAUGGGAUCCAGUGAUGACGACAUGCUCCACCACAGGAGCUGUAACACCUCAAUAGACGACACCCCCGCCACUCAGCCACAUGGGUUAAAAGAUGCCUCUGGUGUAGGAGUGGAGGUCAGAACAGAUGAUAAGGCUCCCGGUGUCCCGGUGUUGAACCGGCCAGUGGAGACCACCCAGCGCCAGCCCAGCAUGUGUAGUCCUGGGAGCAGCUCCGUCCGCAGUCCACUGCUCCGACAGAGACGAGUCGUCUGCCGUGACGAUGAGGUCAGCGAUGAUGAAGACGCUGUUACCCUGCCCUUCCGCCAGGUCGCUGGUCGUGUUACCGCCAUGGGGGUGGUUGCUGACUCUGACAUCAUGAUCUCUACGUCAUCAGUGGAGUUGGCUGAAGAGAGUGAAGGCCCACAUGUCCUGCUUCAUAGUAAUUCUCUGGAGUCACAGGAAGGGGUCGGUUUCGUUCCUUCCUCCGGCGCAGAAUCACCCUUCAUGCCUAUCCGCCGGUCGGACCACCACCAGACCCCCGGGGGAGGAGGAGGGUCUUUCCCCACGACAGGCCCCAGUAACCUGGGUGUGAGGAUGGACCCUCAGGGCCCCCUGGAGCCCAAGCACUCCCCUAAGCUGGAACACAAGGCUGUGACACGCGUCAAGAGUAUGCUGAGCAUCGAGGCCCCGCCCAUCCAGCCAACCAAUCAGCAGAACCAGAACCAGAGAACCAAAGGAGAGGAGUGUCCGACCUCCCCAUCCUCCCAGUCUCUGGCCCCUCAGCCUGCGCUAGCCUCCAGCCACUCCCUGGGACGGCCUGGUUGUAAGCCCAACCUCCUCUGUAAGAAGGGCGAGGCCUGCAGCGAGCUGGCGGGGGAGGAGCCAGCUCACUGCACCAUCGACAAGGUGGUCCUGAGGAGGAGUGAGGAAGAGUCCUUCGGUCUGGACCUGGAGAUCAGAUCCUCUCCUCUGAAGGUGGUGAUCACUGGAUUGAGGCUUGGAGGAGCGGCCGAGAGAGAAUCCCGGGGCAGGAUGUGUGUGGGAGACGAGAUCGUGUCGAUUGGGGACACGCCCACGUGCUCCUCGUCCUAUCACGACAUCUGUGAGCUCAUGCACAACCUUCCCGUGACCCUCGCGCUGGAGGUCAAGAGGCCCAUGUCAGCUGUAGAUCGCCUGUCCAGCCUCGUGAUGUCAUCGGGGAGUUGUGAUGUCAUGGGUCCCUCCAAUGGGGGGGCUCCAAAUCCAGGAAGUCCCUCCUCCUCCUCACCGACCAAUCACAAUCCCAAACCCACAACCCCAAUCAACCACAACCACAGCAAUGAUAUACCGGUCACCUACAUUGAUGACGUCAUGACCAGACUAAGCUCCUCCGAUGUAAAGAGCGUCCUCUCUUCCAAUACCCUCAAAGCCCCUUCAGAAGCACAACAUACUGAGACUAUGGCCUGUAAGUCAGCUGUAGACAGCAAGGCCCUGCCAGAGAAUGAGAAAAGCACAGUUCAGACUCCUCCAACAUUGCCCAGUCAGUUGGACUUCUCUGUCUUGGACUCUGGAAUGAAAUGCUGCCUCUUGCCUGUGGGUAAAACAUUCUUGAACAAAUACUCCAGAAACGUUAGCAGUAAUCUCACAGACGAGGGGAAGAAUAGGGUGGAGAGACCCCCCGGUGCCUCUGUAGCCGAUUCCAACUGCAACAUGUACGACAUGGUCGGCGACAGUGAUUCAGAGGGCGAAGACACUGCCACCGACAACAGCCGUGGCGCUGCCGGCGAUAACAAACCGGCGAGCCGCAGUGUCGGCGCUGAGCCCCAGGACACGGAUUCUGAUGAGGAGGAAGUGGAGAUUUGUUACAGUGAGGCCCAGCGGCCCAGCACUCUGAGUCAGGCAGGGCUGACUCACCUAACAGAUGGGCCAUUGUCUCCACAGCUCCAUAUCUCUAUCUCUGGCUCUGACGGCAGCCACAGUACAAAGGAGACGAGGCCCUUUGAUGUAGCACUAGACUCGGCUGCUUCCUCCUCCUCCACUGUCACUACUACUUCAGCGGCCUCCCAGCAAAACGAAGACUGCUCUGUUGUAACAACCCAAUCCAACCCCGAUCAGAAACCAUUCCCCUCACUGUCUCAGGGUCUGCCUGCCUCUGGCUCUCAAUCCUCAGGUGCCUUUCUGGUUGUGGAGGCCAAAGGUUUCCCUUGCCAAGAAAUGCCCCGCCAGUCUUCCAACGACACAGAUUCUGUGCCCACUACAAGCCCUGCAGGGCCUUCAGAAAGUGGUGUCAACAGGGUUUGUGACACUGUUAUAACACAUCCAAUAAAACCUGGCCAUCCUCCUUCAUUAAGCGUCUGCACUACCCCCAUUGCAGCGGCUAGCCACAACAUCGCGCGACAGAGUCAGGAGAGGUCAGCCCGACUCCGUACAAACGUUUCACCGGCUGCGGCUUUAGGAAAACUAUCUAACACACAAUCGUCAUCAUCCCACUCAACGGUGGGGGAGGCAAAUCCAUCCAACUAUAGCAAUGUCUGGUCAGGCGCAUCUAAACCAUUGUCAACAUCGCUAACAACAAGAGACAGUGAGAGAGAGAAGGUUCCCUCGUCAACAUCGCUAACAACAAGAGACAGGGAGAGAGAGAAAGUUCCCUCGUCAACAUCGCUAACAACAAGAGACAGGGAGAAAGAGAAAGUUCCCUCGUCAACAUCGCUAACAACAAGAGACAGGGAGAGAGAGAAAGUUCCCUCGUCAACAUCGCUAACAACAAGAGACAGGGAGAAAGAGAAAGUUCCCUCGUCAACAUCGCUAACAACAAGAGACAGGGAGAGAGAGAAAGUUCCCUCGUCAACAUCGCUAACAACAAGAGACAGGGAGAGAGAGAAAGUUCCCUCGUCAACAUCGCUAACAACAAGAGACAGGGAGAGAGAGAAGGUUCCCUCGUCAACAUCGCUAACAACAAGAGACAGUGAGAGAGAGAAAGUUCCCUCGUCAACAUCGCUAACAACCAGAGACAGGGAGAGAGAGAAAGUUCCCUCGUCAACAUCGCUAACAACAAGAGACAGUGAGAGAGAGAAGGUUCCCUCGUCAACAUCGCUAACAACAAGAGACAGUGAGAGAGAGAAAGUUCCCUCAUCAACAUCGCUAACAACAAGAGACAGUGAGAGAGAGAAAGUUCCCUCGUCAACAUCGCUAACAACAAGAGACAGUGAGAGAGAGACGGUUCCCUCGUCAACAUCGCUAACAACCAGAGACGGUGAGAGAGAGAAAGUUCCCUCAUCAACAUCGCUAACAACAAGAGACAGGGAGAGAGAGAAAGUUCCCUCGUCAAUAUCGCUAACAACAAGAGACAGGGAGAGAGAGAAAGUUCCCUCAUCAACAUCGCUAACAACAAGAGACAGUGAGAGAGAGAAAGUUCCCUCAUCAACAUCGCUAACAACAAGAGACAGGGAGAGAGAGAAAGUUCCCUUGUCAAUAUCGCUAACAACAAGAGACAGGGAGAGAGAGAAAGUUCCCUUAACAUCCCUGGACCUCAGGCUGGUCCAGAAUAACCCUAAUAGUCCCUCUCUCAGGACAUCCGGUCCCAAAUCAGUCAACAACAUUUCAACAGACAGUCCUCUAUCCAGCAGUAGCAGCAGGCUCAGAGUCAAUGACAAAGUCCAGAAGACCAGCAGCACUGCACCCAAAAUGAAGGGGCUCAACAUCAAGAGUAAAACCAAACCCCAGGAGCAACUUUCCCCAAAACCAGCCAGAGCAGAAAGUCCGUCGGUUCUGAGGAAAGCCAACAACACUUCUCCGCUCCAGUCCCCCAAACUGCAAGCCAAGAAGGUGGGCUCCCCCCUGCAAACCAGGAACGUGGAUUCCCCUCUGCUUAUCAGAAAGGCAGCCAUAACCAGCAGCCUAAAGAAUAAACAGCAAGACCGGAGCAGCAGUAGUAGUAGUAGCCCUGCCACGCCCGUAACAGAUGGAGGCCAGGACAACCCCACAACCACUACUACGCCAGAACCAAUCAGCCAAUCACAAUCAACUACCAAGAUGAAGGUAGAGGAGCAACGUCUACACAAAGAGGUGGAGCAAGGGAUUUUGGCAGUGGCCAAGUCAAAAGAACGACCAGAGCCAGUCCUAACUACCCAGAGGACCUUCAUCGAGGUGCGACUCUCAUCCUCAUCUCCCUCCUCCAUGCCUACACCAGUUCUGGCACCAAAGGAAGUUGUGUAUUCAAACGAUUACUCAAUUCCUCAUACCAAAAAUAUUACUCAACACAAGGAUCAGGUCAAUGGAAAUCCAGUAGAGACCAGUCGAUGGUCAGGAACCCCUGCAACCCCUUGCUCGGUGUAUAAUCUUGAAAAGGUCAACAACAUUACCAGUGAAUCAGCAGUGAACUCAAUAGUCCUAGAAUCCGUAGAUGGGGUUCCUUUGCCUAUGAGCAAUGGUCCCAUAGACAUCUCUCACAUGAACUGUAGUAUAACAGAGACGGAUGAAACUGAGAGCCUCAAAGGAAACAAGUCCAAACUGAAGGCGAUGGAGCGUCGUAGUUUCUCCACAGACAACAGCGUCUCAGGGGACCCAAACCCCUUCUCUGUCCGCCAGAGGAUCAAGUCCUUUGAGAACCUGGCCAGCUUCGACAAGCCAGUGCUCAAAUGCAUCGACAUCCAGUCCUUUGCUCUGACAGCAACGUUGAAGCCACCUCUCAGCCGGAGACUGUCUGGCUACAUGUCUGGAUCGGUGAGCUCCAUAGACUGUCGCUCGCUACGAAGGAGCUUCAGUUCGUGCAUCGACAACUUCAACGCAUUAACCCCCUUGACCCCAAUGUCGCCUCAGCUUCGCAAGUCACCGUCGAGCCUGACCCUCACAAACUUUGACCUGUUGACGCAAAGCUGCAGCACUAGCGAAGCUCCCCUCGGACAUAUCCAGGACAAACUUGCAGAUGGAGAAAGUCCCAGAAUCUCCCCAGGAGUUGUAACCCCUCAGACGCCUCCGGUAAUGCGGAGUCGCCAGGCCCGAGGUCAUGCCAACCUGUCCCGGUCCAGACUGAGGGAGCUCAGGGCCCUUAGCAUGCCCGACCUGGACAAGCUCUGCACCGAUGACUUCUCCAGCGACCCAGAGACCAACGCCACCAUUAAGACGUCGCUGGAGAUACACCCAGCCAGGCCCACAGAGGUUGUUCAGAACCAAACAGGGGGCUGUUCCCCGUCUGCUAACCCCACCGGGGUGCACCCGACCAGGGCCAGCUGGGCGGAUGCCGGGGCCAGCCUGGACCCCAUUCAGAGGAAAACCAACUGGCAGCAAGCAGAUAUUCAGAACCGGUCCAUCAGUUUGACAGUGCUGGCUGGCUCUCCGGUGGAGCAGAGUAAGCUGCAGGCGGUCCUGGCCUCCGUGACCACCAAGACAGACGUGUUGGCACUGCUACAGGAGGCCAAGGCUCUCUCUGAGGAUAAAGAUGAUACCCACUUUGUAGUCUUCUCUAAAGAAGAGGGAUCCGGACUUGGUUUCAGCAUCGCUGGUGGGAUGGACCUUGAGCAGAAGUCCAUAACUGUCCAUCGGGUGUUCUCUAAAGGCGUGGCCGGCCUGGAAGGAACCAUUCAGCGGGGGGACAGUAUCCUGUCCAUCAACGGCAGCAGCUUGGAGGGGAUGUCCCACGUAGAAGCCGUGUCCUGUCUCCACCAGGCUAGACUGUCCUCUCAGGUCCUGGUGGUUAUUCGCAGGGGGAAGGACAGUGAAGGACAGAUGUCCCCGAGACAACAUGACCUGUCCCACCACACCGGAAGGAGCUACUCCCUGGGAUGCAGAGAGAACCGGCCUGAGACGACUAGAUCUGUUAUGGGACUGGGAGUGGUGGAGGUGGGUCCUGACGGGGCUCUGAGGGUGGAGCUGCUGAAGACAUCAGCUGGUCUGGGCUUCAGCCUGGAGGGGGGCAAGGCCUCGGCACACGGAGACCUACCCCUCAACGUUAAACGAGUCUUCAAAGGUGGUGCUGCGGAGCUGUCGAGGGUGGUGGACGUGGGGGACGAGGUACUGGAGGUCAACGGACGCUCGCUGCAGGGCCUCAUGCAUUACGACGCCUGGAACAUCAUCAAGGCCGUCAGCGAAGGCCCCGUGCAGCUUGUCAUCAGGAAACCGCAGACCUCUGUAUGACAGACAUACACCAGACAUAUAGAACUAAUAUGAAGAACCAGACGUACCUCGUAGAACACGAAUGUCAGCUUGAGGUGACAUAAUAUAUAAUCCAGGACUUUUGUAUGACAGACAUAUCUCAGAGAACUAUACAUAUAGCUACGAUGGCUGACAUGUUAUUAUCAUGACAUAUUCUGAUGAAACGGACAGACAUUGCUAAGUGGUUAUUUUGUUAAAGCAGACUGCAAUUCGGUCCGGAAUGUAACCCAACCCAGCUGUCUACAUGUAACCCACUCAAAAUAAGAGUGUCAAAACCAGAUCGUGGAGUAUGAAGCAUUCUUUCUUUUAUUUUCGUGUUUCAUACAGGAGGACAAGAGGCUAUUGUAGUGUCUUAUACAGGAGGACGAGAUACUAUUAUAGUGUUUUAUACAGGAGGACAAGAGGCUAUUAUAGUGUCUGAUACAGGAGGACGAGAUACUAUUAUAGUGUUUUAUACAGGAGGACAAGAGGCUAUUAUAGUGUCUUAUACAGGAGGAUAUAAGACUAUUAUAGUGUUUUAUACAGGAGGACAAGAGGCUAUUAUAGUGUCUUAUACAGGAGGAUAUGAGACUAUUAUAGUGUUUUAUACAGGAGGACAAGAGGCUAUUAUAGUGUCUUAUACAGGAGGAUAUUAGACUAUUAUAGUGUUUUAUACAGGAGGACAAUAUACUAUUAUAGUGUUUUAUACAGGAGGACAAGACACUAUUAUAGUGUCUUAUACAGGAGGAUAUUAGAAUAUUAUAUUGUCUUAUACAGGAGAAUAUUAGACUAUUAUAGUGUUUUAUACAGGAGGACAAGAGGCUAUUAUAGUGUCUUAUACAGGAGGAUAUAAGACUAUUAUAGUGUUUUAUACAGGAGGACAAGAGGCUAUUAUAGUGUUUUAUACAGGAGGAUUUUAGACUAUUAUAGUGUUUUUGUACAGGAGGACAAGAUAGACGAGUAUAGUGUUUUAUACAGGAGGACAAGACACUAUUAUAGUGUUUUAUACAGGAGGACGAGAGGCUAUUAUAGUGUCUUAUACAGGAGGACGAGAUACUAUUAUAGUGUUUUAUACAGGAGGACGAGAGGCUAUUAUAGUGUCUUAUACAGGAGGACAAGAUACUAUUAUAGUGUUUUUAUACAGGAGGACGAGAGGCUAUUAUAGUGUUUUAUACAGGAGGACAAGAUACUAUUAUAGUGUUUUUAUACAGGAGGACGAGAGGCUAUUAUAGUGUCUUAUACAGGAGGACAAGAUACUAUUAUAGUGUUUUUAUACAGGAGGACGAGAGGCUAUUAUAGUGUUUUAUACAGGAGGACAAGAUACUAUUAUAGUGUUUUUAUACAGGAGGAUAUUAGACUAUUAUAGUGUCUUAUACAGGAGGACAAGAUACUAUUAUAGUGUUCUAUACAGGAGGACAAGAGGCUAUUAUAGUGUUUUAUACAGGAGGAUAUUAGACUAUUUUAGUGUUUUAUACAAGAAGACGAGAGGCUAAUAUAGUGUGUUAUACAGGAGGAUAAGAGAGUGUCUUUAUGGUGGCAUCUUGGAAUAUCUCUACAAGGUGUCCAAAGCGUUCCACAGGGAUGCUGGCCCAUGUUGACUCCAAUGCUUCUCACAGUUGUGUGAAGUUGGCUGGAUCCUCCUCCUUUCGGUGGUGGACCAUUCUUGAUACACACCCAGCAGCGUUGCAGUUCUUGACACAAACUGGUAUGCCUGGAACCUACUACCAUACCCUGUUCAAAGGGACUUAAAUCUGCUGUCUUGCCUAUUCACCCUCUGAAUGGCAAACACACACAAUCCAUGUUUCAAAGGCUUAAAAAGUCCUUCUUCAACCUGUCUCCUCCCCUUCAUCUUCACUGAUUGAAGUGGAUUUGACAAGACAUCAACAAGGAUCAUAGAUUUCACCUGGAUUCACCUCGUCAGUCUACGUCAUGGAAAUAGCAGGUGUUCCUAAUGUUUUGUACACUCAGUGUUGUAUACUAGUAUAACUGCUGUUGUUUAUAAUCAACUGCCAUUUGUGUACAAUCAGCUCAAUCAGACUUCACUACAGCAAAAGUGUUUUUUUUUCUCUCUUAAAAUGUGAUUAUUUUAUGAAUAACAUUAAAUUGUCACUUUGCCUUGAAAAACUUUACCUCUUAUUUGAACCAACCUUAUUUUAUGUGAAGGUAUCGGUAAGUUUACCCUGUAGGUAUCAAUCAGUUUACCCUGUAGGUAUCGGUCAGUUUACGCUGUAGGUAUCCUCUCAGUUUACCCUGUAGGUAUCCAUCAGUUUACCCUGUAGGUAUCCUCUCAGUUUACCGUGUAGGUAUCCUCUCAGUGUACCCUGUAGGUAUCCUCUCAGUUUACCCUGUAGUUAUCCUCUCAGUUUACCCUGUAGGUAUCCAUCAGUUUACCCUGUAGGUAUCCAUCAGUUUACCCUGUAGGUAUCCU